CACGGUGACCUUUCUUUGGUAAACGCAGGCAGCCAUACAAAGCCCCUAAUUGAAUCCUAUACACAAUUCUUCUAAGCAUCUUCUAGAACCAUCUUCACACAUCCAAAACCCUUAUUAUAUAAUCAAAUCGCUAAACCUCCCUCUCCUCUUAUCACCGAUCAAUUAUAUCUCAUCUCACCAUACAAAACCCAGCAUAAUAAUAGUAAUAAUUAGGGUUUGCGUUUUCCUUCAUGGCGAAAGAGGGACCUAACUGGGACGGUUUGCUCAAAUGGAGUAUCGCUCAUUCUGAUGGCACUGGAAACCCUAGAAACUUAAGUGAGGAGGAUCGGAAAUGGUUCAUGGAAGCUAUGCAAGCUCAAACCAUUGAUGUGGUUAAACGUAUGAAAGAAAUAACUCUGGUUAUGCAAACUCCUGAUAGUGUAUUAGAGGAACAAGGUGUAACUGCUACAGAUCUUGAAGAUAUGUUGGAGGAGCUUCAAGAGCAUGUGGAGUCUAUUGAUAUGGCUAAUGAUCUUCACUCUAUUGGUGGCUUGACACCUUUGCUUAAAUAUCUGAAGAACUCGCAUGCUAACAUACGAGCCAAAUCUGCGGAGGUUGUAAGCACUAUCGUUCAAAACAAUCCGAGAAGUCAACAGUUGGUCAUGGAUGCAAAUGGCAUGGAACCAUUGCUUUCAAAUUUUACUUCCGAUGAUGAUGUUACCGUUCGCACCAAAGCACUUGGUGCAAUCUCCUCUCUGAUUAGGCACAACAAGCCCGGGAUUGCAGCGUUUCGUCUUGCGAACGGUUAUGCUGCUCUCAAAGAUGCUCUUAGCUCCGAAAGUGUUAGAUUCCAGAGGAAAGCACUCAACUUGAUUGAGUACUUGAUUCAAGAAAACCCUAACGACUGCCACGUCAUCACCGAGCUCGGGUUCUCGCGAAUCAUGACACACCUUGCCACCAGUGAAGACGCAGAAGUCCGUGAAGGCGCGUUAAGGGGUCUAUACGAACUCAUCAAGGACAAACCGGUAAAAACAUAUGACAUGACACAUGAAGACAAUGAGAGACUAAAACAAGCCCUUCAAGAAAGGAUUAAUGUCAUCAGCCUGAUGUCAUCCGAAGAUCUUGCGGCUAUUAGGGAUGAAAGACACCUUGUUGACUCGUUAUGGACCGCGCACUAUAACGAACCGUCGGCCCUUAGAGAAAAGGGACUUGUGGUUCUACCGGGUGAUGAUGUGGAUGAACUGCCGCCUGAUGUUGCGUCUAGAGUUUUGGUUUCGCCACUUAGAGGUUUGAACCGCCCGGCGGCUAAUAAUGGUGAUAAAUCUGAAAAGAAAGAUGCACCACCUUUGUUACUUGGUCCUGGUCCUUGAGUGUGAACCAACAAAAGCUGUGUUUUUGGCUGGCUUUGGUAGUUUGGUUCAUCUAUGUGGCUCUUUCAUGUUUGUUUUCUUUUUAACAUUUGCAUACUUGUAUAAAUUAUCUAUUUGAGAACUUUUAUUAUCCCUUCAUAGGUUU